AUGAGCUGCAACCCUUCUGAUGCCCACUUCCACAAGCAAACUUCAGGUCUUUUUCAAGACAUUAACAGGUUGGCCUUCUGGGACAGUGUGGAUGGUUGGGUCUGUGGCAGUUCAGUAAAAUUCUGGAUACAAAUCAAGGAGCCCAUGAUACCUUCUGAACAGUGCCACAGAACAGGAAGAAGCGAAAGCAAGUUGAAUACAUUGGUGCAGAAGCUUCAUGACUUUCUGGCACACUCAUCAGAGGAAUCUGAAGAAACAAGUUCUCCUCCAAGACUUGUGAUGAACCAAAGCACAGAUAAAGUCAGUGGAUCUGGCAAUAACUCUGAUAUGAUGGAGAACAGCAGGGAAGAGGGAGCUAGCUCUGCAGAAAAAUCCAAAUCGUCAGGAUCCUCACGAUCAAAGAGGAAACCUUCAAUUGUAACAAAGUAUGUAGAAUCUGAUGAUGAAAAACCUUUGGAUGAAACUGUAAAUGAAGAUGCUUCUAAUGAAAAUUCAGAAAAUGAUAUUACUAUGCAAAGCUUGCCAAAAGGUACAGUGAUUGUACAACCAGAGCCAGUGCUGAAUGAAGACAAAGAUGAUUUUAAAGGGCCUGAAUUUAGAAGCAGAAGUAAAAUGAAAACUGAAAAUCUCAAAAAACGCGGAGAAGAUGGGCUUCAUGGGAUUGUGAGCUGUACAGCUUGUGGACAACAGGUCAAUCAUUUUCAAAAAGAUUCCAUUUAUAGACAUCCUUCACUGCAAGUACUUAUUUGUAAGAAUUGCUUUAAAUAUUACAUGAGUGAUGAUAUUAGCCGUGACUCAGAUGGAAUGGAUGAACAGUGUAGAUGGUGUGCAGAAGGUGGAAACUUAAUUUGUUGUGACUUUUGCCAUAAUGCCUUCUGUAAGAAGUGCAUUCUUCGCAACCUUGGUCGAAAGGAGCUGUCUACAAUAAUGGAUGAAAACAACCAAUGGUAUUGCUACAUUUGUCACCCAGAGCCUUUGUUGGACUUGGUCACAGCGUGUAACAGCGUAUUUGAAAACUUAGAACAGUUGUUGCAACAAAAUAAGAAGAAGAUAAAAGUUGACAAUGAAAAGACUAGUAAAGUAUAUGAGCAUGCACCCAGAUUUUCUCCAAAGAAAAACAGUUCAAAUUGUAAUGGAGAAGAAAAGAAGUUAGAUGAUUCAUAUUCUGGUUCUGUAACCUACUCUUAUUCAGCACUAAUUGUGCCCAAGGACAUGAUUAAGAAGGCAAAAAAACUGAUUGAGACUACUGCCAACAUGAAUUCCAGUUACGUUAAAUUUUUGAAGCAGGCAACAGAUAAUUCAGAAAUCAAUUCUGCUACAAAGUUACGUCAGCUUAAGGCUUUUAAGUCUGUGUUGGCUGAUAUCAAGAAAGCUCAUCUUGCAUUAGAAGAAGAUUUGAAUUCAGAGAUUCAAGCUUUGGAUGCUGUAAACAAAGAGAAAAAUACCAAAGAGCAUAAAGUCAUAGAUGCUAAGUCUGAAACAAAAGUAAGAAAAGGAGAAAAACCUUGUGUUUUGGAAAGGAAGGAUAUUUCAAAAUCAGAAGGUAAACUGUCAAGAAAGCAGGUAGAUAGUGAGCAUAUAGGUCAGAGUGUUGCAGUAGAGGAACAAAGAGCACAUAAAAAUGCCAGUACUGAACAUAAGAAAUCUGAUAAAAAAGAACCUCAGUAUGAACCUACUAACACUGCUGAAGACUUAGACAUGGAUAUUGUGUCUGUUCCUUCCUCAGUUCCAGAAGACAUUUUUGAAAAUCUUGAGACUGCUAUGGAAGUUCAGAGUUCAUCAGAGUAUCAGGGAGAUGGCAACAGUGGAACUGAACAAGAACUGGAGACUUCUAUAAAAUUAAAUAUUACUUCAAAAGACAACAGAGGAGGUAUUAAAUCAAAAACAACAGCUAAAGUAACAAAAGAAUUAUAUGUUAAACUCACCCCUGUUUCCCUUUCUAUUUCCCCAAUUAAAGGUGCUGAUUGUCAGGAAGUUCCACAAGAUAAAGAUAGCUAUAAAAGUUCUUGUCUGAACCCUAAGCCAGAGAACUGUGAACUUGGACAGGAAAAGAAUGAUAAUGAGCAUUUGGCUAAAAGUGAAGUUCCGUUACUUUCAGAAGAAUCUGAUCUUCGAAGAUCCCCGCGUGUAAAGACUACACCUUUGAGGCGACAGACAGAAACCAACCGUACAACAUCUAAUUCAGAUGAAGAAAAUAAUGAAACAGUUAAGGAGCAACAAAAACUUUCGGUUCCAAUGAGAAAAAAGGAUAAGCGGAAUUCUUCUGACAGUGCUAUAGAUAAUCCUAAACCUAAUAAAUUGCCUAAAUCUAAGCAGUCAGAGAUUGUGGAUCACAUUUCAGAUUCUGACGAAAUGCUGGCAAUCCUCAAAGACGUGCCCAGUAUGAGUCACAGUUCUUCAGAUACUGAUAAUAAUGAACCUCAUACAAAUAACAAGAAGACUUUUUACUCAGAGAUUCAAAGAGGGAAAGAUGAUAAAAGAAAAAGGAAACGAAAAAGUUCUACUUCUGGCUCAGAUUUUGAUAUUAAGAAAGGUAAAUCAGUUAAAAAGUCUAUAAUUUCUAAAAAGAAACGGCAAAACCAGUCUGAGUCUUCUAAUUAUGACUCAGAAUUAGAAAAAGAGAUAAAGAGAAUGAGUAAAAUUGGGACUGCCAGAACAACCAAAAAAAGAGUUCCAAAUAAAGAAGAUUAUGAUUCUUCUGAAGAUGAAAAACACAGCAAACAAGGAAUGGAUAAUCAAGGUCAUAAAAGUUUGAGGACUGCACAGGAAGGAUCAUCUGAUGAUGCUGAAAGGAAACAAGAGAGAGAGAAUUUCUCUUCAGCAGAAGGCACAGUUGAUAAAGACAAGACCAUCAUGGAAUUGAGAGAUCGCCUCUCUAAGAAGCAGCAGCCUGAUGUUUCCUCAGAGAGUGCUGAUAAGCUUUGUUCUGGGAAAGAGGAGAGUUUUAAUUCUCCAGAAGAUAAAAAGUUUGCUGAAUCUAAAGGAAAGAGUAAGCACCAGCGAACCAGAAUGUGUAAGAAAAUACUGGGUGGCUUAUGUGAUGUUGCUGAGAAGUUCUCAGAGAAAGAACAGAGUGAUGAAUCCUCUGAAGAUGAUAACGAGCAGAGCAAAAAGGAAAUUGAAGAAAAAGAAAAGAAGACUGCAGACUUGAGUAAAAAAGUGAUGGAACAAGAGUAUGAAUCAUCAUCUGAUACUACUGAGAAAUUACCUGAGGGAGAAGAAAUUUGUCACUUUCCUAAAAGCAUAAAACAAAAUAAGAGCUCAGCUGAUGGGGAAAAGAAAUGCAAAAAAAUAAAAGAUAAAGCUUCUAAAAAGAAGGGUGAAUUAUCUGAUAAUUCUGAGAAGUUACCAGGGAAAAGAGAAAGUUGUGAUUCUUCAGAAGAUAAGAGGAGUAAGAAUGGAACAUCGAGUAGAGAGAAGAAAAGGUUCAACUUGCCUGAAAAGAGUUCGAGGAAGAGACAGGAUUGUUCAUCAUCUGAUACUGAAAAAUAUUCCAUGAAGGAAGAUGGCUGUGAUUUUUCUGAUAAGAGACCAAAAAGAAUAGAAUUAAGGGAAAGAAGGAAUUUAAAUUCAAAUAGAAAUAGCAAGGAAGUACAAAGUGGCUCAUCAUCUUCUGAUGUUGAGGAAAGUUCUGAAGAUAAUAAAAACCUGAAGAAACAAAGAACUUCAGCUAAAAAGAAGGCAGGCAGUAUGAAGGAGAAAAUGAGAAACUCCUUGAGAACAAGCACUAAAAGGAAGCAGGCUGACAUUACUUCCUCAUCUUCUUCUGAUAUAGGAGAUGAUGAUCAGAAAUCUGUAGGUGAGGGGAGCAGUGAUGAGCAGAAAAUUAAGCCUGUGACUGAAAAUUUAGUGCUGUCGUCACAUACUGGAUUUUGUCAAUCUUCAGGAGACGAAGCCUUAUCUAAAUCAGUGCCUGUCACAGUGGAUGAUGACGACGAUGACAAUGAUCCUGAAAAUAGAAUUGCCAAGAAGAUGCUUUUAGAAGAAAUUAAAGCCAAUCUUUCCUCCGAUGAGGAUGGAUCUUCAGAUGAGUCAGAAGAAGGGAAGAAAAGAACUGGAAAACACAAUGAAGAAAACCCUGGAGAUGAGGAAGUAAAAAAUCAAGCCAUUUCUGAAUCAGAUUCAGAUUCUGAAGAAUCUAAGAAGCCAAGAUACAGACAUAGGCUUUUGAGACACAAGCUGACUCUGAGUGAUGGAGAAUCUGGAGAAGAAAAAAAGAUGAAGCCUAAAGAGCACAAAGAAGCCAAAAGCAGAAAUAGAAGGAAGGUGAGUAGUGAAGAUUCUGAAGAUUCUGAUUUUCAGGAAUCUGGAGUUAGUGAAGAAGUUAGUGAAUCUGAAGAUGAACAACGGCCCAGAACAAGGUCUGCAAAGAAAGCAGAGUUGGAAGAAAAUCAGAGAAGUUACAAACAGAAGAAGAAAAGGCGACGCAUUAAGGUUCAAGAAGACUCAUCCAGUGAAAACAAGAGUAAUUCUGAAGACGAUAAAGAAGAAGAUGAAGAAGAAGAUGAAGAAGAAGAUGAAAAUGAUGAUUCCAAGUCUCCUGGAAAAGGCAGAAAGAAAAUUCGGAAGAUUCUUAAAGAUGAUAAGCUAAGAACAGAAACACAAAACGCUCUUAAGGAAGAAGAAGAGAGGCGAAAACGUAUUGCUGAGAGAGAGCGAGAGCGAGAGAAAUUGAGAGAGGUGAUAGAAAUUGAAGAUGCUUCACCGACUAAGUGUCCAAUAACAACGAAGUUGGUUUUAGAUGAAGAUGAAGAAACCAAAGAACCUUUAGUACAGGUUCAUAGAAAUAUGGUUAUCAAAUUGAAACCACAUCAAGUAGAUGGUGUUCAAUUUAUGUGGGAUUGCUGCUGUGAGUCUGUAAAAAAAACAAAGAAAUCUCCAGGUUCAGGAUGCAUUCUUGCCCACUGCAUGGGCCUUGGUAAGACUUUACAGGUGGUAAGUUUUCUUCAUACAGUUCUUUUGUGUGACAAAUUGGAUUUCAGCACAGCUUUAGUGGUUUGUCCUCUUAAUACUGCUUUGAAUUGGAUGAAUGAAUUUGAGAAGUGGCAGGAGGGAUUAAAAGAUGAUGAGAAGCUUGAGGUCUCUGAAUUAGCAACUGUGAAACGUCCUCAAGAAAGAAGCUACAUGCUACAGAGGUGGCAAGAAGAUGGUGGUGUUAUGAUCAUAGGCUAUGAGAUGUACAGAAAUCUUGCUCAAGGAAGGAAUGUGAAGAGUAGGAAACUUAAAGAAAUAUUUAACAAAGCAUUGGUUGAUCCAGGACCUGACUUUGUUGUUUGUGAUGAAGGCCAUAUUCUAAAAAAUGAAGCAUCUGCUGUUUCAAAAGCUAUGAAUUCUAUACGAUCAAGGAGGAGAAUUAUUUUAACAGGAACACCACUUCAAAAUAACCUAAUUGAGUAUCACUGCAUGGUUAACUUUAUCAAAGAAAAUUUGCUUGGAUCCAUUAAGGAAUUCAGGAAUCGGUUUAUAAAUCCAAUCCAAAAUGGUCAGUGUGCAGAUUCUACCAUGGUAGAUGUCAGAGUAAUGAAAAAACGAGCUCACAUUCUCUAUGAAAUGUUAGCUGGAUGUGUUCAGAGGAAAGAUUAUACAGCAUUAACAAAGUUUUUGCCUCCAAAGCAUGAGUAUGUUUUAGCUGUGAGAAUGACUCCUAUUCAGUGCAAACUCUAUCAAUACUACUUAGAUCACUUAACAGGUGUAGGUAAUAGCAGUGAAGGCGGAAGAGGAAAGGCCGGUGCAAAACUUUUCCAAGAUUUUCAAAUGUUAAGUAGAAUCUGGACUCACCCAUGGUGUUUGCAGCUGGACUACAUUAGUAAAGAAAAUAAGGGAUAUUUUGAUGAAGACAGUAUGGAUGAAUUUAUAGCUUCAGAUUCCGAUGAAACCUCCAUGAGUUUAAGCUCUGAUGAUUAUACAAAAAAGAAAAAAGCAAAGGGGAAAAAGGGAAAAAAAGAUAGUAGCUCAAGUGGAAGUGGCAGUGACAAUGAUGUUGAAGUGAUUAAAGUCUGGAAUUCAAGAUCUCGAGGAGGUGGUGAAGGAAAUGUGGAUGAAACAGGAAACAAUCCCUCAGUGUCUUUAAAACUGGAAGAAAGUAAAGCUACUUCCUCUUCUAAUCCAAGCAGCCCAGCUCCAGACUGGUACAAAGAUUUUGUUACAGAUGCUGAUGCUGAGGUUUUAGAGCAUUCUGGAAAAAUGGUACUUCUCUUUGAAAUUCUUCGAAUGGCAGAGGAAAUUGGGGAUAAAGUCCUUGUUUUCAGCCAAUCUCUCAUAUCUCUGGACUUGAUUGAAGAUUUUCUUGAAUUGGCUAGUAGAGAAAAGACAGAAGAUAAAGAUAAGCCUCUUAUUUAUAAAGGUGAAGGGAAGUGGCUCAGAAACAUUGAUUAUUACCGUUUAGAUGGCUCUACAACUGCUCAGUCAAGGAAGAAAUGGGCUGAAGAAUUUAAUGAUGAAACUAAUGUGAGAGGGCGAUUAUUUAUCAUUUCUACCAAAGCAGGAUCUCUUGGAAUUAAUCUGGUAGCUGCUAAUCGAGUGAUUAUAUUUGAUGCUUCUUGGAAUCCAUCUUAUGACAUCCAGAGUAUAUUCAGAGUUUAUCGCUUUGGACAAACUAAACCUGUCUAUGUAUAUAGGUUCUUAGCUCAGGGAACCAUGGAAGAUAAGAUUUAUGAUCGGCAAGUAACUAAGCAGUCACUGUCUUUUCGAGUUGUUGAUCAACAGCAAGUUGAACGUCAUUUUACCAUGAAUGAGCUGACUGAACUUUAUACCUUUGAGCCAGACUUGUUAGAUGACCCUAAUUCAGAAAAGAAGAAGAAAAGGGAUACUCCCAUGCUGCCAAAGGACACCAUACUUGCAGAACUUCUUCAAAUACAUAAAGAACACAUUGUAGGAUAUCAUGAACAUGAUUCUCUUUUGGACCACAAAGAAGAAGAAGAGUUGACUGAAGAAGAAAGAAAAGCAGCUUGGGCUGAAUAUGAAGCAGAGAAGAAGGGACUGACCAUGCGUUUCAACAUACCAACUGGGACCAAUUUACCCCCUGUCAGUUUUAACUCUCAAACUCCUUAUAUUCCUUUCAAUUUGGGAGCCCUAUCAGCAAUGAGUAAUCAACAGCUGGAGGACCUCAUUAAUCAAGGACGAGAAAAAGUUGUGGAAGCAACAAACAGUGUGACAGCAGUGAGGAUUCAGCCUCUUGAAGAUAUAAUUUCAGCUGUAUGGAAGGAAAACAUGAAUCUCUCAGAGGCCCAGGUACAGGCAUUAGCAUUAAGUAGACAAGCCAGCCAGGAGCUUGAUGUCAAACGAAGAGAGGCCAUCUACAAUGACGUGUUGACAAAACAACAGAUGUUAAUCAGCUGUGUUCAGCGAAUACUUAUGAACCGAAGGCUCCAGCAACAGUACAAUCAGCAGCAGCAGCAGCAAAUGACUUAUCAACAAGCAACACUGGGUCACCUCAUGAUGCCAAAGCCUCCGAAUUUAAUCAUGAAUCCUUCUAACUACCAGCAGAUUGAUAUGAGAGGAAUGUAUCAGUCAGUGGCUGGUGGUAUGCAGCCACCACCAUUACAACGUGCGCCACCCCCAAUGAGAAGCAAAAAUCCAGGACCUUCCCCAGGGAAAUCAAUGUGA